CUUCUCUGGAUAGAAAAGGCGAGCGCUGGGGGUUUAGCCGAGGCGCCGCUUUCUCUCUCCUAAAUCUAGGGUUUCCAGCUCUCCUCGACGAGUCGCCAUGGAUUUCGACGAGUACGAGUACUUGGAGAAGACGGUGGAGGCCGCUGCGGCUACGGGUAACGGCAGCGCGGCUCCCCGAUCCGAGGGGAAGGAACGCAGCUCCCGCCGCCGGAGCAGCGCCGGCGACGAGGACCGCGACGACGGCGAGCGUAGGUCCAAGCGCUCUCGCUCCGAGAACCGCGACCGCGACAGGGACCGGGAGCGGGAACGGGACCGCGAGAGCUCGCGCCACCGCAGCAGCCGGGAGCGCCGAGACCGUGACCGCGACCGCGACGAGAAGGAGAAGGAGAGGGAGAGGGAGAGGGAGAAGGAGAAGGAGAGAGAGAGGGAUAAGGAGAAGGAGAGGAGGAGCCGCGAUCGUGACCGCGAGCGUGAGAAGGAGAAGGAGAGAGAGCGGAGGAGCCGGAGCCGCUCAGAGCGGCGUCGCGAUGACGAUGAACGUGAGCGCCACCGAGAGCGCGACUACCGUGACCGCGAUGUCAGACGUAGGAAAGAAGAUGGUGCUGAACCCGAGGCAGAUCCAGAAAGAGAUCAAAGAACUGUAUUUGCUUUCCAGCUAUCACUGAAGGCGGAUGAAAGGGAUGUUUAUGAGUUUUUUUCAAGAGCUGGGAAGGUCAGGGAUGUCCGUCUUAUCAUGGAUCGAAACUCACGACGUUCUAAAGGAGUUGGGUACAUUGAGUUCUAUGAUGUUAUGUCUGUUCCAAUGGCGAUUGCUCUUUCUGGUCAGCUGCUUCUUGGUCAACCGGUGAUGGUUAAGCCAUCAGAGGCUGAAAAGAAUUUAGUUCAGUCAAGUGCGACUUCAAGUGUAGCAGCUUCAGGUGGGGCAAGGAAGUUGUAUGUUGGAAAUCUUCACGCCAAUAUUACAGAGGAUCAGUUGAGACAGGUCUUCGAACCAUUUGGACUUGUUGAGCUUGUCCAGCUGCCUGUAGAUCCACUUACUGGGUUAUGUAAAGGUUUUGGUUUUGUUCAGUUUGCGCGUCUUGAAGAUGCAAAAGCUGCUCAGAGUUUAAAUGGGCAACUUGAUAUUGCUGGAAGAGUAAUCAAGGUUUCAGCUGUGACGGACCAAGCGGGAGUGCAAGUAAGUGGGGCAACUACAGGAGAUUUGGACGAUGAUGAAGGCGGAGGAUUGGCACUUAAUGCUAGCUCAAGAGCACUUCUUAUGCAGAAAUUGGACCGCAGUGGCGUUACAACCAGCUUGACUUCUGGGAUGGGUGCUGCUGGUUUGAACACUUCUGUGACAUUACCAGCUGUAUCAGUUCUUGGUGCUCCUCCUGCUGCUCCUGCACUACAGCCUACGCUAACUGGUCUUGGUCUAAUUCCAGGGGCAUCUGUUCCGGUUAUUAGCCAACCCAUUGCGACGGCUCCACCCAGUGAAUGCCUAUUGCUCAAGAACAUGUUUGAUCCAGCUGUCGAGACGGAUCCUGAUUUUGAUUUGGAUAUUAAAGAUGAUGUUCGUGAAGAAUGUUCUAAGUUUGGUCAAAUAAGACACAUCUUUGUGGACAAAAAUACUGCCGGCUUCGUCUACCUGCGAUUUGACAGCAUUACUGCGGCGAUGGGUGCACAGAAAGCACUUCAAGGGAGAUGGUUUGCGGGAAAGAUGAUUACUGCAACCUUUAUGUCUCCUCAGCAGUACGAAGCAAAGUUCCCGAGUUAACUGGUUGGUUAGUAGCUGGAGAUAGCUGCUUUGGUCCUGUGUACUUUUACAUCGCAGCAUGCAAGCAUCGUGUACUAACAUUAAGUGGACAAAAGGCCUCUUGGUCUGCUGUAACAUUCGACUUGAAGCCCUCGAGCGGGUUGAGAUUUCGUGCUGUAACGUUUGAGUUUUUCUAUGAUCAUUAGCAACAGUUCAGUGUUGUGAUUUAUUUGACAGUUUUCAUCUGGCAUAAGCUGGGUUUUGAUGCUAUUGUUGAUUA